CUAUUUGCAUUUGUGGAAGAAGAAUGGGAAUAGCAGACGACAGCUUAAAAGGUUACCUGGAAAACUUGCGAGUUGGAGGGAUUGAAAGCGCUCAACAAAUUAUACAACAGUUGCUAGAAGACCCAAACGUUCACGUAUUUGGUGAAGUUUUGCUGGAACCAACUAUUCUUCAGUUAAAACAGGAUGGUGCUCAGAAAGAUUGGGUUCAGUUGUUGGAAAUAUUUGCAUAUGGAACUUGGAGAGAUGGUCAAAAUGGCAAGCUUUGGAACGUCAUCAGUGAUGAAGCUAAAAGAAAACUCAAACGUUUGACAGUUGUACAACUUGCAUCAAAACAAAAGCAACUGAAUUACUCCGAUCUUAUGGAAACCUUGGGACUGGUUUCUGUGAGAGAGUUGGAAGAUUUACUUAUGGACUGCAUCGAAUACAGGUUGAUGCGAGGGAGAUUGGAUCAGAAACAACAAUUGUUUCAAGUAGAAUGGACAAUGGGAAGAGAUGUUUCAGACUCUCAGUUGAAGGAAAUGAUCGACAGCUUUUAUCGAUGGGAGACGAAUGCUCAGUUGUUAUUAGAACAGUUGGACUCACAGAUGGCUUAUAUACAAAAAAAGGAAACGGAGUUUGAAAUGGAGAGAACCCAUACGAUAAAACAAGUGGAAUCUGUCCAAAGACAAGUACGAGAACAGCAACUGAGACAAGAACAAGAGAUAGAGCUACAUAGUUCAAAUGAAAGGAGUAGAAGAGAUAAAAGAGCCAAGAGAAGAUCUUCAGCCUUACAUAGAAGUUCCGAAUAAUCAAAGUGUUCUUUUACUUUUCUGGAAUAACGUCAUCUUUGGAUAUAACUAUUUGUACGAGCAUGAAGUAUUCCAUGGU